GUCCUGCUGGUUCCAAGUAACUGCUCUGCCUGCACACAGGAGAAUAGGAGCUUGGGAAGAGCAGGUUUUCCUCCUCUCAGCAGGAGGAGAGACACAUGGCUGCUUAAGGAGGAGCAGAAGAAGAAGAGAGGGGAGACCCCUGUCCCCUCGGCCUGGAGAUGCACUAGGUUUCCCCUCUGCUCAAGUUUCCCAGAGGACAAAUGAGCUGUCAUGGGAAACCAUUUUCCUCUCUGAUAUGGAUUCAGCCUGCAGCUCCUGACGCUUUCUGAGCUGAGAGCACUGUGAGGAGAAGACGCUGGUGGAGUUUACACAGUGGCCUGAAGGCAGGUAGAUCGACCAGCAGACACACACUGAGUGUAGGAUGGACAAAGCAGCAGAGGACGGAGAAAAGGUGACCAGUCAGCAGGCUCUGUGUGACCCUGAUCAGCAGACCGGAAAACGCCCUGGCAUCUCCACUCUCAAAUUGUUUAUUGUGGCGAUGUCCUUCGCCUGCUUCUCCAAGGCUCUGACGGGAACCUAUAUGAAGAGCUCCAUCACUCAAAUUGAGAGACGUUUCGACCUCUCCAGCACGCACAUUGGACUCAUAGAUGGCAGUUUUGAGAUGGGCAACUUGUUGUUUCUUGCUGUGGUCAGCCAUUUUGGGGCGAAGCUACAUCGGCCCAGAUUCAUCGCUGUGGGCUGUUUCCUCAUGGCUGUGGGGGCCUUUCUCACCGGCCUGACGCACUUCUUCAUGGGCCGCUACAAGUACAACACAGUCAUUCAGGUUUACCAGAAUGACACUGCGAACAUCGCCGCCUGUGCGGAUCCACUGAAAACAGAAGUACCUGAAAUUCACAUGGCGCCUUCUGUGGAGCGCAACAAAUCCUGUGUGAGAGAGUCUGGGUCCCACAUGUGGAUCUAUGUGUUCCUGGGCAACGCUCUGCGGGGCAUUGGAGAAACCCCCGUCGCACCUCUGGGCAUCUCUUACAUCGACGACUUUGCUAAAGCAGAGAACUCACCCUUCUAUAUAGCUUGUCUCCAGACCAUUACUCUCCUGGGCCCCAUGUUUGGCUUCCUCCUGGGCUCCUAUUGUGCCAAAAUAUAUGUUGAUAUUGGAUUUGUAGACCUUGAAAGUGUGACGAUCACUCCGAAAGAUGCCCGCUGGGUGGGCGCCUGGUGGAUGGGCUUCAUGGUGUCCUCCGCCCUCCUGCUCAUCUCCAGCAUUCCCUUCUGGUUCCUGCCCCGCUCGCUGCAAAAGCAGGAGGGAGACGAGGGCAAGCCAGUACUCAACAGUGAGACCCGGGACGGUACAGAGGACGCCCCCAACAACAAUCACAACCUCAAGCUGACUGACAUCGCUAAAGGGUUUCUCCCCUCGCUGAAGCGCCUGCUGGGAACUCCUGCCUACUUCCUGCUCCUUUGUGGGAGCAUCCUGAAGUUCAACUCUUUCAUCGGCCUGUUUACCUUCAAAGCCAAAUACAUGGAACAGCAGUUUGGACAGUCUGCCUCCAGAGCCAACUUCCUCAUAGGUGUGUUGAACCUGCCAGCGGUGGCAGUGGGGAUCUUUCUGGGAGGGCUGCUGAUGAAGAGGUACAAACUGAGUUUGGUGUCAGGAGCACAGCUCUCCUUUGCCACAUCCUUCAUGGCGUACCUCCUCCUGCUGCUGAAGUUCGGCACCAAGUGUGACAACAUUCCCAUGGCUGGGCUCACCAUCUCAUACAACGGGACGCGGGGUAUAUCAUCUGACGAGAAUACGCUUUUCUCAGAGUGUAACAGUGAUUGCUCGUGUUCAGCAGAGGAGUGGGAGCCCGUGUGCUCAGACAGCGGCAUCACCUACAUCUCUCCAUGUAUGGCUGGCUGCCUCAGCUCCAGUGGAUACGGCAAGAACACAGUCUUCCACAACUGCAGCUGUGUGUCCACCUCCUUCCCAGCAGGCAGCAGUACGUCUGUGAGGCUGGGCCAGUGUCCACAUGCAAAGGACUGCAGCCGCAGUUUCACCUCCUACAUGGCUGUUUCUGUUCUCAGCUCCUUCAUCAACUCUCUGGGAGCCACACCUGGCUACAUGGUCAUCAUACGAUGCAUCUCACCAGAGCUUAAAUCUCUUGCGCUGGGUAUGCAGGCCUUAGCAACGAGGACUCUUGGUGGACUUCCUGCACCAGUGUAUUUCGGAGCCCUGAUUGAUUCAACUUGCCUGAAGUGGUCGAUCAAAAAGUGCGGGGGCAGGGGGGCCUGCCGCAUCUAUGACUCUGACAUGUACAGGCUGGUCUUCCUGGGUCUGAUCACAUGUCUCAGUGGUUCCUCAUAUUUCUUCAUCAUUGCUGUCAUCGUCCUCCUCAGACGACAGUUUAAAAAACCAGAGCAGGAAACAGAGACGAAGGAAAUUGAACUUAAGACAAACCGUAGUGCUGCUAAAAUUUCCAAACGGCCUUACGUUCCCAAAGCUUGGGUGAGGACCACAACAGAACUGGAGGUUCACAGAACGGAGCAGCUCCCUCAAGGCCGCAGAUUCAGCUCCACAAAGAACACUGAGAAGAGGCAACAGUUCGAAUCUGUGACAGUGGAGUUAACUCCACUUCCGAGUGAAGAAGCAAAGAUAGAGAUGGACGGACUGAAGUCAGAGGAGGUGGUGAAGGAGGGAAAAGACGAGGUCUGCAAAGAGACGAAUGUACAUGUGGAAAAAGAGGACCAUGUCACAGAUGACAAGGAGUUAGAGAAUGAAACAACACACAGCAUAGAAACUGACGGCCUAGUAAACUAAGGUGUUUACCGAUGUCUCUAACAAGUGGGGACCAUUCUAGAAACGUUACUGAGUUUGGCCAAAAGUCACAUUUAUUGUCAAGAGGGACUUUUCAUCUGAGCUAUAGCACACUUCAGGCUAACACUAUUCCCCCCUCUUUUAUUACAGUGUAGUGCCAUUAUGUUGAAGUUAGUCCGAAGAGGAAAUGGGCCACCAGUGAUCCCUUUCACAGCUGUAGAAAUAGCUGCAAUACUUGGAAUAAAAAAUGGAAUAGCACUGAGCGUGCACAUCGACCAACGAUUCAAAUUAUAGACUCAUGUAUGCACCUGAUUGCACAGCAGCCCUUCGAGGCCCAAAACAUUUUAGAGUAAACUUAAUGGUUUUUC